AGCUUCCAAGUUGGUUACUCUGUGCGGAGUUGUUUCGUUUGGUCGCGUCGGUCGAAGGAGUCGGUUGUUCGUUUUCGUGCGCUCAAGUAACGGUAAGCGCGAAUGCCUUCGCCAGUUCUACUGUUAUUUUAACUCGGGACGUCCAUGCGUCCCUGCGUUUCUACGCCCCUGCGCCUUCCUGUCUCUGUGUAUGUGUGGGAGACAAACAAAUAGCAAAACGAGAAGGAAAACCAUAGAGAGGAAUUCCACAAAAAGGGGGGUGGCGAACAUACUGUUUUUCUGCGCCCGCUGCCAGAGUAACCACCCCCUCUCAGGGACGACAACAACAAAGUGGACUUGAAAAUAUAAGCGAAAAACGGAAAUAAAUAUACGUACGAACCUUUAACUGCGCCAUUUGUACUUCGCAACAACAAAUGAAAAAAAUAGAAGCAUAACUAUAAAAUUGUGUGUAUGUGUGUGACGAAGAGAACAAAACCAACAACAAAAAACCGUGAAGAAGAUUAUUUAUAAAAAGCUUCGGCGUCCGUAAAAAAAAGCCAAUCGAAGGAUGUAAUAUUAAAAGGCAGGCAAAUUGAAGAAGUGCAAAUUAAAAAAAAAAAAAGACAAUAAAAAGCAACAACAUUUAAUUGGACUCUAAAGCUACAACUUCAAAACUGUUUAAGGAUGCCUAAUAUACUUUUGUAAUCCGCAAUCAAACCAUCAAAACAUGCUGCAAAAUCGGUUGGGAAUUAUAUGAAUUCCUUCCAUUGUUGGAUUGCAUCAUUCGUCGAGGGCGUGGUCUAGCAUUAAAUGUAAUGUACAGCUGUCAAGCAGGGCCUUCCAUCAUUCACACAUCAUCAUCAUCAUCCGAGCCAUCAUCUCCAGGCCCAAUAACACAAUGUCCACAACAGCAGCUGGACUAAAGUCGGGAUCCAAAGGAGCCUACGGCGUCAGGUCGGAGACGGAUCACAUCAUAACCAUCAGCACUGCCAGCUUGACGGAGUCGCACAGCGAAAAUCCCGUAAAGGGAGUAGUGACUCCAGUAAGGAAGCCCCAUUCCCUGGGAAGUGAAGAUUCCCCAGAAAACAUAAUUCCCGGUGAACAGGCUGAGCCAGAUAAAAAACCCCUGCACUUGUGCCGGCUCUCGCAGCUGGUGAGCUACCAGAGUAACAUCGCUGAUGUCCAGCACCGGAAGGGAAGACGCCUACACGGAUUGCAGCUGCCACUGCAUCCCCUCCAACUUUUUGGUUGGCUCGUCCUCCUCCUGUUUGGAGUGGCUAGCUACUGGGUGCUCAUUCCGGCCUUUCAUGCCCGCAUACAAGGACCGCUCUACGGACUAAUCACCGGGCUCUAUCUGGUGCACAUCGCCUCUCAUUUGACGGCUUUACUGACAGAUCCUGCGGACAAGGAGUUGCGGCGAGUGCAUCGGAACGAUCGGAUUGUCCCGGAAUUUGACCGGUCGAAGCACAGUCACGUGAUAGAAAACGGGCGGUGCCAUCUGUGCAACAUCCGGACCUCUUCGAGCCGCACCAAGCACUGCUCCGUGUGCAACAAGUGCGUUGGCAAGUUUGAUCACCACUGCAAGUGGCUGAACCACUGCAUCGGAUCGCGUAACUAUGUGGCCUUCCUGAUGUGCGUGGUCAGCGCUGUGGUGGCCACCCUGGUCAUCGUGGCCGCCGUGGUGGCCCAGAUCGUUUUCUACUAUAUCCAGCCAGACUGGUUAAGCUUCUACUGGUGCCCCACGGAUUCGAGCCACACAAUUGAAAGCGGCGACUUCAUAAACAUCACCCUAAGCCUGGGCAACGGCACCAUGAUGCUGAUAGAGCAGCACACUUCGGAGGAGGACGUUCAUCAGGAAAUGUGGGACGAGGAGCAGGCAAAUAUGACCAUCUCGACUCUGCCCACUCUUCUGGAGAAUUUUACAGCUCUUAUAGAAGCGAGCUCAACGCAGCCUGGAAUUAGCCCCACGAAUCACACCGUAACACAGCCAGUAGUGACCGGAAUCGGAUUAAACGAAACCAUUUUCCUGUUCCUGCUGGGAGUUCUGGGACUGCUCGCCGCUGUGAGUGCGGGUUUGUUGCUCCACCUAUGCUUCUUUCACAUCUACAUCUCCUUCUUGGGACUGACCACCUAUGAAUACAUUAGGAACCACCGUCAGGCUCAGGAUGCCAAGACCAAGCAGCUUCUGGAGGGAGCUCCCGGCGUGGGGGCGCCCAAAAAUGGAAACGUACACUUCUCGGCUUCAUUGCCCGAGCCACAUAAUCCGUCCAAGUCCUUGCCAGGAGGUCAGCAGCUCUACUGCUGUUCCAGUGCCCCACAUCCAAGCCAGCACUCACAGGAAUCGGUUGGUCAAACAGAGCAAUCCCUGCGGUUGCAUUGCUGUGCAAGCUCCAGGGAGUUCCACCAGAGCGGGCAGGCCAUCUACGUUUGCUCGCUUCUGGAGGAGGCAGUUCCGCAAAUCCAAGUUGAACCGGAUACUCUGAGUAGCUUCCAUUGUUGCUCUAGCUUUGCAGCUAGUUCCCUGCAGCGCAGGGUCAGCUUGGCUAAAGGAUCGCUGAUCUCAGCCGAGCCACGUCAUCUGAGACCAGCGACUUAUCUGCAAUACACCGAGCAGUGUACCCUCUGCACUUUCCGCCUAAGAAGAGGAUCAGGACCAGGGACAGGAUCUUCAGGAGCUGUAAGCAGCGCCGGUGGUAGCAGUAGCACUCGCACAUUGACCAGUCAAACUGGCGGCUCCUCCGCUUCGGCCACAGCAGCCGGGAAUAUUUCCAAGCAUCAGCGGUGGCGAAGGAAAUGGAAUUGCUGCGCCGCCGUACCAGAUAGCCCCGACUUGCCCAAUGACCUUCUUGCUGCCCUAACGUUUCGCGAAAGCGAGGAAGCAGCAGCGGCAGCCAAAUUAAACGCCCAGGAGCUGCCUAUCCAGUUUAUACGCACGCUUAACGGCGGCUUGGACCAGGAGCUGCCUCUGAAGACAACAACAGCCACUCCCACGCCACCUAGAAGUUCCCGGCUCCGCUACAUGCUGCGUCUACUGGGACGCUAUCGAAGACCACGCUGUCGCCAUGGGGCCCAUCAUGGAAUCGCUGCCAAAGAGCACCAGAAUAUCGGUGGCUCUGCAAUAAAACAAAAUCAAAUACGUCCGCUGCAAUUGCAGGCAGCUGGGCGUGGCUAUGCUAAUUCGACUGCCACGCCAACGCCGCCCGCAAGUUCGCCAAGCAGAAGUUCCUUGGAGAGCAGUGACCUGAGCACCAGCACGAGCCCUUCGUGCGGCAACAAGGAGCUGAUGCUGCUGCCCACAUCCGUGAUAAGGGAUGACAGCGUGACCACGUAUACGCUGACCUUGCCGCCUGCCCUGCCACCGCCGACGAGGAGAAAAAUGAACCAGACCACCCAAGAGCUGGCGGAGUUGGCUGAAACCUUGGGAUUCGCCAGCAAUUUGCAGCACAGUCAGCAUAACAGCCAGACGAACAGCCGAACGUUGCCCAGUUUCGGGAAUGUCUAUCGCCGACAGAGGCGGAAGCACUUCUUGCGGACACGAUCUCCCACACUAUCGCCCAUCCACGAGUCCGGCCUGUCGAAUCCAACCUCGCCCCAGCCCCUGAGGCACCACCACCAGAAUCUAGCCAACUCGAACUCCAAUCCGGCCAAAGCCAUGUCCUCGCCUACGCUUAAUCGCAACUCAGGAUCUGCGAACUCCUCGGCACUUCUAGUCCAGAAUCUGUGCAGCUUGGCAGGGGAAACGCUGAGGAAGACCGCGUCCAACAGUUCCCUGCAGAGUCUCAGCUCCAAUUCGAGCAGCACCUAGAUGAGUGUCUGUUUCUCUUUAGUCCUUAGGUUAGCUUUAACCUUAGCCAUAGUCUCCGCAACCUGCAACCCAAGAAGUUCUGUGAAGUUUCGGAAAUCAAUUAAUCCGCACAUAAGCGUGGAAAGUCAUAACUAAAA